AUGAGAUCUAUGUCAGGUAUGCUACUGGGGAAAGAUAGCGGGUUGGCAAUGAGGAGCUUCACGGAAACGGCAAUAGAAAUGAAGUUACAAGUGAUAGAUUGGCCAGCCAGCAUCAGGUUUUCUGGGCAGAAAAAUGUUACAUGGCACAAGCUGUCAACUGAAGAACUACAAGCCAUCACCAAGCCACUAGAAACAUAUCUCUGUAAUGUCAUCCAGAACACGGCAACUGUGAGCGAUCAUCAGGAAGUCAAGCACUUCAAGUUGGAGCGAUGGAGUGAAGCUGACUGGAACAAGCAUCCUUGGGAGAUAAACAAAGUUGCUGUUGUCAAAGAUGUCAACGGUGACACGGUGCUGACCGUAGAGGAAGUUUUGGAAGUGACCGCAGCUCAGGGGAAGAAAACGGGCAGAAAAUCGAAACCCAACAGAGGUAUAUGA